GAAUUAUGCAUUUUUUAUAUUUCUGGCUAGUUAUAGGUAUUCAAAAGAAUAAUCACACAUACAAAUAGGCUCCUUUUUCGAAAAAGUUUGUAAUCUUUCCAUAUUAGCCUCUUGAUUGAUCCAUAACCAUAAAUAUGUUUGACAUAACUGAUUGACGUUAAAUAUUGCGUGAAAAUAUUACUCUAAGAUUCAAUUACAACUGAAAUAAUGAACACUGAGAACAGAUACCCGGUGACCGCAUCGCUUUUCAUGUUGAAGGAAAUAAAACAUAGACAAGAGCAGGUGAACCGAGGCUACCAACUCCUGAAACGUAAGGCCGAAGCCCUACGCAUGAGAGGUCGCCAGGCCGCCUCAGAGUUAGCCUCUGCUCAGGCCAUAUUCGGCCACACCUUGAGAGAAGCUUACAUUUCUCUAGCUGCUAUUAAGUUUACUAAUGGAGAAUCAAAUGCUUUGGUGCUUGAAAAUAUUGGCCAAGCUCAAGUGCGAGUUCAACGUAUACCCGAGAACAUAUCAGGAGUCUCCACGGUUUCCCUUCAAACUCUUGAAGAAACUGGCGUCGGAGACUCGCUUCGUUACGCAGGGCUCGGCGCCGGCGGUCAUCGCACUGGUGAAGCUAAGAAGGCUUUCAGAGAAGCCGUGCGAAUACUAGUCAGAUUCGCUUCUUUGCGAAAUACUUGCAUUCUCUUGGAUGAGUCCAUUAGGUCCACCUUAAGGAAGGUAAACGGUAUUGAAAAGGUUAUCAUGCCGAAGUUGCGUAAUACUGAAACUUAUAUCAUGAUGGAAAUGGAUGAAAGGGAGAGAGAAGAAUUCCAUCGUUUGAAAAUGGUGAAAGCGAAGAAGAUAAGAAGUCAAGCGCGCGCGGCUCUGCGGCAUGCCAAAAGUAUUGGCGGUGCCGGAGAGGCCAGUGGUAAGUUGCAUAUUCUUGCUUUCACCGACAAAGUAAACGUCCGUUUUUCCUAGUUUUAAGAAAUCUUAGAUUAUGGUGUCGAUGAAAUUAGGCCUUAGUGUUUUUUACCUACACGAAGACGAACAUUUUAAAAUACAUGUGCAUAAAUCAUUUAAAUUUUCAGAGCUCACCUCUGCAGUCAUGUUGCCCUCUCACUGCCGCUCCAUGGAAUGCCUCUCGAGUAUUCUGUCGUGCAACUCGUCAAUGUCUGUGACCACGGACUCGGGAGACUACAAGCCUGUUUGUUAUCCUCACAACUGGGAUGACGAUGACCUCUUGUUUUAAGGCUUAAUUAUUAUACCAUGUAAUGUUCUAAGUACCUGUGUUACCUUUACUUUAUUUGUUGUGCCGUUAUUUAUUAAUAAAAUUAUGUGAAAACUUAA